AUGAGAAGAACGAGAUCCACAAUCGAGAUCCAGAAGUUCGCCGAGGACGAAGACGAUGAAGACUUCUCUGACAUUUUCGGUCCUGGUGACAAUCUGACAGAGAAGGAGGAAAGUGAUAGGGGCUCCGAAGAUGGUGGUCUUAUGCUACUCUCCAAACUUUCCAACAAUUCUUGGCUUGGAGACGACGAGGACGAAGACGACCCCUUUGCAAUGAUGGAUCCUGGCUGGGACGAGAUGGACUUGGAGGCAAACAUUGCUAGAGAUCGCCAUGCAAGACUCGCUGAGAAGGUUGAGGAGCUCGUGCGGAAUCUCAAAACUACAGAGGGUGAGGACAAGCUCUCUGACCUCUCUGAGGACCUUCUGGCUUUGCUAUGGGAAAACAACGAGGUCAAGGAUCUGAUUAUUAGCGCACACGGCUUACUGCCUAUUUUGGAGAUUCUUGAGCCUUGCACGGUCAAGAGUCGACAACAUCUGAUCCUUCACGUACUGAAGAUCAUCAACGCAAUCAUUUUGGAUGAUGUGGAACUUCAGGAGAACCUCUGCUUCGUUGGUGGCAUCCCCAUCAUCACCAAGUUCUCCGCACGACAAUACUCCAACGAGAUACGUCUUGAGGCAGCUGCAUUUGUACGUCAGAUGUAUCAAACCUCAACCUUAACGUUGCAGAUGUUCGUUAGCGCUGGUGGUCUCAAUGUUCUCGUAGAGUUCCUGGACGAGGACUACGACUCCUCGCGAGAUCUAGUCCUCAUUGGAGUCAAUGGCAUCUGGAAUGUCUUCGAGCUCCAAGGGCCUACACCAAAGAACGAUUUCUGCCGAAUCUUCUCGCGCAGCAAAAUUCUGGAUCCCCUCGCUGAAGUCCUCCACAAAGUUCUACUGGAAGAUGACGACGAGAAGGAUGAGAUUACGGAGUUGAUCGAGGGUCGAAUUGUCAAUAUUUUCUACUUGUUCUCCCAAGCUGAAAACUAUGUCAAGGAGGUUGUGGCUGACAGACAAGUCCUGAAGACUGUACUGAAGGACCUCCGACACAUGACACCAAUCCAUCAGAUCACCAUGCUUAAGUUCAUCAAGAAUCUAUCCAUGCUGUCGACAACACUAGAGUCCUUGCAUUCUGCAGAUGCGAUUGACUUCCUCAUAGAAGUACUUGGCCAGAGCAUGAAGAAGGGACAGAUGCACUUCCGUGAGAUCUCGAAUCAAGUUUUGAACACAAUGUUCAACCUCUGCCGACUCAGCAAAGAGCGACAAGAAUAUGCCGCUGUGAAUGGCAUAAUUCCAUUGUUGAUGAAGAUAAUGCAGACGGACCGACCACCCAAAGAAUUUGCCCUACCUAUUCUUUGUGACAUGGCACAUUCUGGUAGCAAAGGCCGACGAUACCUCUGGCAGAAUAAGGGCUUGGACUUCUAUGUCACUCUCCUGGCUGAUCAGUACUGGCAAGUAACUGCGCUUGAUGCCAUUCAUAUUUGGCUACAGGAGGAGACUGCUAAAGUCGAGGGGCAUCUCCUGAAUGGCGGCUUCACUGCGGCCAUUGUGUCAUGCUUCAACACGACCAAGAUCAAUGCAUUUGAUCCAAAUCUCCUCGAACCACUCCUCAAAGUUCUGCGUCUUAGCCCAGAAGUGGCAGCAUCCCUCGGCAAGCCUGAAAUGUACGCUGGCGUUGCGCAGAAGCUCAGCCACAAAAAGGCUGUUGUGCGGCUCAACCUUCUGAGACUUGUCCGUAAUGUUAUGGACGCCUGCGAGCCCGAUAUGGGCGUCGGUUCUGCAACUGGUAGCAGACAGCUGCGUGCUCUUUUCGAUUCAAUCCAGACCUUGGCCGACAAGGACUCGGCUGUUCUGUGCGUCACAAGUCAGCUCCAGUAG